GAGAACAGUUUUGCCCUGAGAACAGAUCAUAUCUUUUUUCCGGUGCCUAAAGAAGGCCGUAGACUAAAGAACGAUUAGAGCAACAAUGGCAAAAAAGAAAGAAAGAAUUACCAGAGCAGACUCUUGAAAAUAAACUCACUUAAUAAAACAUGCAAUGACACAGAGGAGAGAGAGAGAGACAGAGACAGAGAGGGAGUCACCGAGACAGACAGGAAGUCUCUCAGUUAGAGCGGAGUUCGCCACCUGUGGACUCCACACGAGCAGUGUUCAGUGACAGCAUCGAGGUGUUCGCAGGAGGUGAGCUGUUGUAACUCUUCAGAGUCCAGAUGGCGUCUGGUGCAGCCAGCAGAGCCGAGGCACUGCCGCCAGCACUGCCUGUCAAACAGCACAGGAGUCGAUCCUUUGGUCGCUCCAGCGUGGAGACGGACUGUGUUAUGCUCAGCCCUGUUGGACUCCAGCAUCAGAACUACACAUACAACGAUGUCUUCCCCGAGCCGACCGAUUGUCACGCAGCCCAGUGCCCCAUACACCAGCGCUACGAUCCCUGUCGACACCAGGAGAGAUUUUUCUCCGCCGGCACCCCGCCGCCUGUGCCGAAGAAGAGGUUGGCUCGCACCUUCUCCCUCCCUGGCACCGAUUCUUCUCCGCUGUGUCCCUGGUCUCCAGUGUCCCCACUGCGAAGGCACCCUCAAAACUUUGACAACCCCUUGUACAUGCUGGCACCCACACCUGACAGCUGUUUCCGUCAGGAGAUAGAAGAGGUUACGCCCGCUUGCAUGAGUCCUGUGCCCUCACUGUCCUUCUCCCAGUUGACCUUUGACACCCUUGACGAACACCUGCCCAACCUCUUCAGCAGCUUUGACGACCAGAGGGUCGUUUCUCAGGGGAUUCAGCAUCGCCAUCUACUCUUUCUGAGAAGCAUGGCGCAGUGUAUAGAGGCCGGGAUCCUGCUGCGAGGAGAAGCCACAGAGAAUGAUGUCAGCUCAUACCAGCCUCCGGAUUUCCUGCUGGCUGAGGGCAGUCAGCCAAAGCAGAUUGGGGACGCGGUUUACUACAAACUGCACAGCCCCAAGUUCCCAGGGAGGGCACUCGGUUUAAAGGUGCACAGACAACAGACUGAUGAAGCUCCCCUGCCUCCCACCAAAAACCAGCUGUCACAUGUCAACGUGCAAAAUGUGGUCGCUCAUUUCACACCCAGCGACGCCCUGAAGAAUGAUUCCAGCAUGUCACAAACACAAGACCCUGCUACGCUUUUGAAGACAGAAUGCACUGCCGCUGCUGAACCACCAGGGGGAGGCAGCACUGAGUAUUCCACAGGUCCUGUAACCAUCAAUCUGACCUCGGUCCAGUGUUUCCUCCAGAGAGGACACUCUGUGAGUGUGGAGAGGGACCUGCCACACGUCUCUCUGGAGGACUUUGUCCAGGAAAGCAGCUCACUUCACAGCUCAGACUGUUUGGUUUAUGACAGACAGGUGUGUGUUCUGUUGCUGCAGAUAUUAAUGGGUGCACAACAUCUGUACAACAUCGGUGCCACUCCAGCCGAGCUCAGACCCCAGGAGGUCUUUCUAGUGUGGCCCAGUGGGGAACGGGACGAGGGAAGAAUCAAGCCAGAACAGGGCGCCUCCCCUGACACGGAGAGAAGUUUCCCGACCAGCAGAUUGAAAAAAGACGUGGAGUGGGAGCAGACGGAGGGAAAAGGGAGUAUCCAGGUGUUAUGGAGGACACAGGGUUCCCCACGCGUGGUGUUAAGCCCACAGUGUUCUCCUCUGUCUGCGCCUCACCCCAUUUCCUCCAUAAAAUGCCAGAUUGGAAACCUGUUGCAAUACUGCUUGGCUCCACAUGAUAGUGCAGCGUCUCUGGACCCAGGUCUGUCCAGGUCGUCUCACCGGAGGGCUCUUCUUCAUCUGACCUCUUUGCUCCAGAAUGGGAGCAGGGGGCCACAGAUAGCAGACAUGGUGGCCAUGCUUCAGGUGCUCCUCUGGGGUCCCCGCACCCCCCUCCCCCUCUUCAAUCACAGAGGCUCCACGACAGCAGCAGUACACAACUGGCUGACAAUCAAACGGGCCCUGCUGGUGAUGAAGCUGGCAGAGAGAGGGGUGAUGAUCAGAGAUCAGUCUGCCCUGGGCUGGGAUGAGUAUAUGCGCCUGCAGUACCUGUCAUUCACAGACCCUGAGGCAGUUGAGGGUGUGAUCGGUCAACUAGAGCUCACUUUGACGAUGGACUAACUGACUAAUUGUUGAAAUUAUAUGGCUCCUUGAAUGACUUUCAGGUUAGUUAAAAUCAAUUUCCUUCCUUGCUCAUUCUACAUAUUUGUUGUUAACAUACUGCUCUUCAUAAUUUAAAUUUGGUCAAAUAAAAUACUUCACAAUGAC